UCUCCCUGUGACGCUGUCGUCGCCCCCGCGCUGACUCCCGCCGGGGGCGCUCCCGCUGACCGUUGAGCGGCCUGUGAAAUCCCUCCCUAAGGACCUUCCCCUCUCCGCCAACCGUUCUCGCGGCGGCGACUCAUGUGGGGGUUCGGGCUCCUGCGGUCGCCGCCGCUGCUGCUUUUGCUGCCGCAUCUAGGAAUCGCAGCCUCGCGCUCUCAGGCCGGAACCAUGAACUUGGAAGGCAGCAGCUCUGCGAGAUGCUCCCCCUCCGCCGAGGGGCGUCGGCACCGGUGCCUGCAGCUGUCCACGGUGCCGGGAGCCGAUCCGCAGCGCAGCAACGAGCUGCUCCUGCUGGUGGCGGCGGCGGUGGAGGGACCUGAACGGCGGGAUCUCUCUGGAGACCGGGCGGAGGUGGAGCUGCCACCGCCGCCCCAGCAUCACGUUCUCUAUUUCCCUGGAGAUGUGCAGAAUUAUCAUGAAAUUAUGACUCAUCAUCCUGAGAAUUAUCAGUGGGAAAACUGGAGUCUAGAAAAUGUUGCCACCAUUUUAGCUCACCGCUUCCCCAAUAGUUAUAUUUGGGUGAUAAAGUGUUCCCGAAUGCAUUUGCACAAAUUCAGCUGCUAUGACAAUUUUGUGAAAAGUAAUAUGUUUGGUGCUCCAGAACACAAUACUGACUUUGGAGCUUUUAAGCACCUUUAUAUGUUAUUAGUUAAUGCUUUUAGCUUGAGUCAGAACAGUUUGCUAUCAAAGAAGAAUGUGAAAGAUUUGAAUGAGGACUCCAAAGCAUCUAAUUGUAGAUCUAGUUCCUCUCAUACUACUAAUGGUUGCCAGGGAGAAAAAGAGAGCCCCUGUGAGAACUUUGAGGAGUCUGCCGUGAGUUUUUAUCCACCAUCACUAAAUGGUGCUUCUUUUACUUUGAUUGGAUUCAGUAAAGGUUGUGUUGUUUUGAAUCAGUUGCUUUUUGAAUUGAAAGAAGCUAAGAAAGACAAGAACAUACAUGCUUUUAUCAACAGCAUAAGAACAAUGUACUGGCUGGAUGGCGGUCAUUCUGGAGGAAGCAAUACUUGGAUUACUUAUCCAGAAGUCUUGAAAGAAUUUGCGCAAACAGGGAUUAUUGUUCACACCCAUGUAACACCUUACCAAGUACGUGAUCCAAUGAGAUCUUGGAUUGGAAAGGAGCACAAGAAAUUUGUUCAGAUACUUGGAGACUUUGGUAUGCAGGUGUCUAGUCACAUACAUUUUGCAAAGGAGGCUCCUUCCAUAGAGAAUCAUUUCAGGGUUCAUGAAGUAUUUUGAGACUACAAAAAUAUUAAUGUUCUUGUUCAGUGGAAGAGAAGAAGCACUUUGAGUUUUAUAAAUUCAGAUAAUGAUAUGUAAUUCACAGAUAAUGCAUCCAUUUUGGUUGGGAGAGAACACACAUUCCUAAAAUAUAAAUGUAAUGUGCAAUAGUACUUCUUGCUUCUGAAUGUGAACCGUUUUUAAUUUGGACUGGGUUAGAGUUAGUGCAUUUGGAAUCUAAAAGGUGGUUUGUGAUAAUCCUAUGAGACACAAGACCCUUAAUAAUGAAAGUUACAAUACAGUCCUUAUAAAAGGUAAUUAAAGUUGUUAUUGUUAGAAAUAGUUUAUUUUCUGAGUGACGUUUAAAACUAAUUUUGGUGGCACAGUAUUACCAAUUAAACAGUAAUUACCAAUUUUGGCACUCAAAACUCUUGAGUAGAAAUGCCAUUUCUCUUCAAACAAAGCAAAGGCACACAGAUAUUUUCCAUCGUUUUGGAAUAACUGUACCCUGCCUUGAUGUUUUGUAAACUCGUGGAAUCAUUCUUUAGUGUGCCACCAAGUGUUUUUUCUCAGGAGUCAAAAUAUAUUUGUUUCCAAAUAUCCAAGAACAUGCAGUAGUGUAAAGUUGGUUUUUAAAAACAUUGCACUUAAGCACUGUGGCUAAAUUUUUAAUUGACAACUUUUGGCUAAGACAUUUUGGAGUUUCUUAAAUCUUGGCCAAAAACCAGUUCUUUUGGGAAAAUUGUUUUAAAAUGAACAUAAUUAUGUAAAUUGGGUAAAAAUAUAUUACAGAUUGAAAAAUUUUUCAUAUCAGUCUCUUGAGAUCAGUUUAGGUAAAAUAAAUAUAUAAUAUUCUAUUUGUUAGUGCUCUGUUGACAAGGGGGACAGAUUCUAUAGAUCUAAGUCAGCGUUUCUCCAGAAGCAUGAUUUUGUCUGCCAAAGAAAGCAGCUCCCUUUGGCCAGAACGCAAAAAUUAUAUUGCUAUAAGAAAAGUUAUAAGGGAAAGUUUAAAGACAUGAUUUAAUUUUGGCUCAAAAACUGAAUUUGCUUAACACUGCUGCAUAAUUUGGGUGAGGUUUCCUUCUGCCUGUUUUUCUUGACCUAGAUAAAUACUUUUCGAGAAACCGAGAUCUAGUUAAUGUCAACCAACAUUGAAACAUAGCUGUGUGAUUAAAGUAAAAGGUGAGUGGUCACUUUUUAAUUGUUUAUUUAUAAUUAGCUUUUGCAGGACAUGAAAUAAAGCAGGGAAGAAGUAACAUGCUGCUUUCGGACUGAAAAACGACUGUAAUUAGUAUCUUAAUAACCCAGAGGACCUAAAUUUAUAAAAUAUAGAAAGAAAAUGUUAAUUUCUUGUUUUCCCCCAGAAUUAUAUUUUAAUGUCUAUAAAUGUAUUCCAAAUAUUUGGUCUUAAGGUAAAGGAUUCUUAGCAAAUGCUUAAAAAUAACAUCUUUUAGUUCUAUAAAUCAGUAUCUCUUAACUGUUUUUUAGGACAAAGUAGUUUUAUAUUUCUUCACCUUAUUUAAAUACCUGUUUCUUUUGACACCAAAAAUUUGCAACGAGUCAGUCUGAUUCCAGCAUUUUAUUACCUUAAAGCACCAUAAUUGGCUUCUUUCAGUGUUUUGUAAUCCUUUGUUAAAUUCAUAUGUAUCUGAUGUAAAAUAGCUAAGUUACUGAAUGCUCUCAAGGGGGGAAGGAAAGGCAUUUAUUUUUAUAUGAUUAACUAAAAUGGAAAAAGUAGGACUUUCAGCCAGAUUCAUUAAGAAAAAAUACCUGAGAUAUUUAAAAAUCUGGGUUCUUUAGCUAUCCAGUCAUGUGAAUGCUUGCUUGUUAUACAUGUUGAACAGAUACUGAAAAUAAGUCACUGGAAACCUGGAACUGCCAUAGCAUGUAAAUGAGACAGCAUUGGAGAGUAUUUUUUGAAUUAAAAAUAUUCAAGUUUAUCCAUAUUCAAAUAUUUUAAUACUUCAAAUUUGUUAUUUCUUCACAUUUAAAACUAUUGUACAUGUUAGUGUAUUCUUUUGAAUUGUGCCUUUGUGUUUGUGUCAUGAGUCAACUGAGAAAAGUAGUCAUACAAAUAAUGUGAAAGUUACUGCCACAGCAUGAAUGUACGAUUGUAUUAAAUUUAAUCCACAGAAGUCUGUUUGGAUGUGCUUUAUGUUAUUUGUUAAAACUUCAGAUCACCCUUAGGAAGGAAGCUAUGUUCUCUUCACUUGCUAGCUUGGGUUUGUAUGUGCUUUUAUUAACCCCAUGUUUUUUUCCAAAUGAGUGACUUUAAACCUUUUUUAUAACAAUAUUCUCUUCUGUCUUAUAAUGCUCCACAAAAAUUUGCAUUAUUUUCAUUUUUUCAGUUGGAUUUCCUAGAGAACAGAAAAAUCUCUCAAAAAUAAGUUCUUCCUUUUUCUGUGCUAAUCAUCUCAGAUAUCUGUUUUCCUUUAGCUGUCCUUAAGAGAUUUAGUCAGAAUAUAGUGUGACUUUUUUGCCCCCCAUUUCAUUUAUGUAGUAUCUACGCACCCACCAAGGACAAGGAAAGUCUAAGCACUAAGGACAUAGUACCGACAAAACAGUUCCAGCAUGUGAGUACAGGAAUGUGUAAGGCUUAAGAGAGAAAAUAUUCUUAAAAAGAGCUAUUGUGUUCUACUUUAAGGGCCUUUAAGGAAAUCAAGCUUUGGAAGAUGCACAUGUAGAUAGACCUCAUCUGUAAAUUAAGAUUGCUUUUUACAGAGGCAGAGAAGCUAGUAACUUUAAGAUGGUCAUUUUAGUAUCUAAUAGAACUUUUAAAACUAGAAUACAACUUAAGUGUAUUUAAGGCAUUCAAGCGCUUCAUAGCCAGUAUGUUUGAAAUGAGACUUUAAGGUAACACCAGCGAUAAGUGGCUGACUGCCAAUCCACAUUAGUUCCUCAUGACUACAUCUGUCUUUCAGCACUGGGAGAAGGAGUCUCAGCAGUGCAGUUCCAACUCCACCCAGACCCGCAUUCCAGCUUCCCACCUUUUUUUUUUCCUCCGUCAACUUCUAAACUUCAGCUUAGAUAUCUGUUGGCAACUUUAGAUAGGUGAGAGAAAAGCCUUAUUAUUAAAGUUCUUUCCAAAUGUUCACAUAGCUAGCUGCAAUUCAAAAGAACAGAAAGAUACAAAAUAAGACUGGUUGACUUUGUUUCCCUUGUUUUGAUCCAUGGAAGUAACAAGUUGAUUACUGAAUAAAUACAUAGAAUUCCAGUGUAAUUAUGUACCAAGACAAAUACUGUUAAUGUUCAUGAAAAGGUAGGAAUUACAACCUACACACAUAUGUUUAAAAGCUAUUUAUUUAUAAUAAAGGGCAAAAACAAAUACACAAUUCAAAUACAAAAUUGCAGAUUCACCUUCCCAGCUACUUGUCUAACCUCAGAAGCAGUCACUAUUCCUGGUUUCUUGAGUAUCUUUGCAGAGAUAAUUCUGCGUAUAUACAGAUAUAUGGAGGUGAGCAAAAGGUUUGUAGUUGUAAAUGCAUGAAAGUUUAUUUUAUUGUAUAAUAACUGUAAAUCUACUUUUGCUCACCCCUCUAUGUUUACUUACAGCAUAAAUGGUAGCAUACCACACCCAGUUUUGGUCCUGUUUCUUAAUUACCUUGGAAAAAUCCUUGCUAGUACACGUAUAUGUGUGUGUACACACACAUAUCUGCCUCAUUCUUUGGCUGCAUAGUAUUCCAUUUUUCUAUUACACCUUCUUGUCUACCUGUGCAUCAUCAUUCGUCUUUGUUUAUAUCCCUUGUCUAUGUAGCAAGCAAUACAAUGAAAAGUUUCUGGCAGAGGAAACCUAUUCCUCUGUGGGUCAGGUCAAGCCCCCAAACUGUAGCCAAAGAAUAACUCUGUAAUAUAUUCAUAAGUGUCUGAGAUGAGCUGCACUUAAGGGAGAAAGAAUGGAGAAUUACUGAUAUGGUCACUGCAACUAUCAUUCCAGUUUUUACCACCCAACUGUGUGAGUCUGGACAGUCAUUUAAGCAAUCUGGAUUGAUUAGGUGAUUUCUAAAAUCCCUUUCAACGGUAAAAUUCUAAGAUUUGGAAUUCCUGAGAAGUUAGAGCUCACAAAUACCAUGUGAUAUUCUGUACAUUAAAACAUCUCAUUUGGUCUCAAUCAGGUAGGCAAAAAAGAUUAAAAUAAACAUUGACAUUAAAAAUUAUAACCAGGGAGAUAAAUUUAAAACUUCCCAAAGUGUUCAUCUCAAGCUUUCUAGAUAAAAUUCACCUCAAAUUUCUCAGCAGAGGAAUAUAAUGCAAGCUUGCACCAAUUAUAUGUCUACCCUUAAACCAUCUCCUUGUAUUUCUGUAGCAACCUUAUAAAGUAUAAGUUCAAUCUUAAAGAUGAGGAAAGUAAGUUUCACAGAUUAACCUGCUUAAGGUCAUUCAUUCUGCUUCUUAAAUAAAACUGAGUUGGAUUACUCAUUGAACAAAUUAUAAUCUUUUUUACUUCCAUGUUUUCUUUGUAGCUAUAUACUUUGCACUGAUUCUCUUACUGGUA